AUGGCUAACAUGAAGCUACUAGCCGUGCUUGCUCUCGUGCAGCUCCUGUCACGCCUCCACGUCCAUCGCGUCUCCGCGUCCGUGGACAUGCCGACAGCGACCAGCGGCGGCAGCUGCCACGUUAGUGGAUACCUGCCGGGCCAAUCCGGCAACUGCAAUCCGGAUCACGGCUCCACCUGCUGCGUCAACGGACACCGGUACCCGCAGUACAAGUGCUCGCCCCCGGUGUUGGCUGAGACCCCGGCGAUCCUGACUAUAAACAGCUUCGAAGAAGGUGGAGAUGGGGGCGGCAAAUCAUUCUGCGACAACCGCUACCACAAGGACAGCGAGCUGGUGGUGGCGCUGUCCACGGGAUGGCUCCGCCUGGACGGCACGAACAGGUGCAACAAGAUGAUCCGUAUCAAUGGGAACGGGCAGUCCGUGACGGCCAAGGUCGUUGACGAGUGCGACUCGGUGUACGGCUGCGACAAGGAGCACAACUUCGAGCCGCCGUGCCCAAACAACGACGUGGACGCGUCGCCGGCCGUUUGGAAGGCUCUGGGCCUCAACGGGAACAUUGGAGAGUUCAAGGUCACUUGGUCUGAUGUGUGAGCACAAAUAUGUACGGGACAGUUCGCUCCUUAGUCCUCACUUGUUAUAUUAUAUGCAGCUGCCGUAGGGGUGUGUGCGCGCGCGCAGUGCUACCGUUGGUGGCGCGGAGUUGCUGCUAUUUAAAUAAGUCACUGUUCACAUGUACUCGUAUUUGCUAUUUUCCCAAGUUUAUGUAUUUGCCUUGUUUGGGUGAUAUAUUUUGCUCCUUCCAUUCACAAAUAUAAGCUGUUUUCAGAUAUUUCAUUCAGUAUAGAAUACAUACAGAUUAAAAUGAAUGAAUAAACACACUAAAAUGUGUCUACAUACAUCUGAUUCAGAAAAAAAUAUAUUAAAACAUCUUAUACUCAUUAAUUGGCCCUUAAACCCUCCACCUCCAUCGACGGGUUUCACACCCUAAGUGGCUAAAAGUUAGUAGAGGGCUUCGUCUUCAUUGACAUACAUUAUACUAAUGAUAGUCAUGUGUUUCUAGGGCAUAGUUUUAAAUACCGAACCAUGCAAAAUAGUGUUCAGCUCUUCAAAUAAGCUAUAGCCGGCUAUUUCAUAAUUUUAUUAGACAAUUGUACAUAAAUCCAGUUAGCGGUAGCGUGCUCAAACUGCUACAGCGGGCUAUAUCCAGCUAUUUAAAACUCUGAUCACCGGUGAGUUUCUAGGUAUUAAGAAAAUAGAAUAUUUCCAAAACUAUACAUUAAGAAAAAGUGAAAAAUAAAAAAUAUGUUAAAAACCAUAAAAGAAAAACGAACAAAAAAUAAAAUGGAAAAAGAACAAUAAAGGCAAAAAGAAUAAGAAAAGCCUCGAUCUCUCGCAUAGGUCGGCCAAGGCACGCAGACCCCUGCACACGUAGUAAACACUAGCACCGAAGACAUGCGGCGCACACCGCGCCCGUGACUUAUUCGAAAGAUGUUUUCAUAUUCUGCACCCAUGCAUGGUGGGAGGGGAUCAUAUUUUGCACCAGAAAACAAAAGAAGCCAAGAAUAAGAAUAGUUAGAAAACAUAAAAAAAAAGCUGGCUGCAAUCCCUUCGAUGGUCCAUAUUUUGGCUGUGUUCGGCAGCCCUCCACUCCUCGGUCACCGAGCGGAGCGGGCGGAGCAUCCUUUUAGCCGCUCCAUAAAUUAGAACUAGCUGCCGCUCCGCUCCGGAACGGAGUCGCGGAGCCGGAGGGAGUCCGAACAGGCUCUUUAUAUAUGUGUUUUUCUAUUUCUGUUUGUAACUAUGCCAUUAUUAGGCUAAUUACAAGUCAUGUCGUUUGUUAACCACGGAGCACAAGGUAAACUGAAAUAUAUUUUAAAAUUGGCAUUGUUGGCUGUUAGCAAAGCUGAUAGUGUAGGCGUGUAGCAUGUGACUGAUAUUUGUGUCUCAAAGAGAACAAUGGGCAGGACUGAUCUAUAUAAUUGGAUUCCAACACUGAAACAUAAGCAAGAGGAGAAAUAACAGGAUAUCACAGGUUUGAAAACUGAAACCGUAGUAUUCGCUGAGCUGAUACUGUAGAAGUGCCUUCUCUAUAUUUAACAAAAUAAACGGAUGUAAAGUGAAGAAACAACCAUGUUUCUCCACAACAAAAUAUAUGAAUGUAAAUAGACACUGAGUUGGCAGAGCCAACAAAAAUAUCAAAAA